UGGCUGUGGAAGAAGAGAAGGUGGAGUCAUGUUUCAUAGGCAGCAGUACAGGAAGUCAACUGAGAAAAGCGGAGAGAAUUUAGGGGAGGUUGGGCAGGCAAGCUGUCUUCGGUAGAGGAAAAGCUACGAAGUUACUCUGAUAUAGUUGCUUAAGGAGAUGGCUCCCGCAGGAGAUGUUGGACAAAUUGAAAUAUGCGAGGAAUUGGACCGUAUUAUCCUUCACCUUUUUGAUGCUCUGGAAAUGCUCCAGACCAAAAGAGAAGCUUUCAAUAGCAUGGUUGAGCAGGGUUGGUUCUCACUCUCCAAAUCUCGCUAUGCCAUGGGUAACAAAUCUGUAUCUACUCUGCAAUAUGGACACCAGAUGACUCCACUUAUUCGGAUAGAAACUAGCAAGGCAGAAGAUGGGCAGACUCAGUUUCAGGUGAUUGCAGAAGAUUCUUUCAAAGGGAAGGUUGAAAGGCCAGCUUUUGUGGAAGAGAUUGGCCCCAGUGAACAAGUUCUACGACGACGAAAAGGCCCAGGAAAAACAGAGAAUGCGGCCCAACCCCAGAAUACAGCAUCCCAGCCUGCAGAGACCUUAGGCCACCAAGACCCUCUGAACUGGUUUGGCAUCCUUGUGCCUCAAAGCCUCCGACAAGCUCAGAAGACUUUCCGAGAAGGGAUCCACCUUGCUGCAGAAAUUGCCUCAAUACAAAGUGAAAUUGAGGCCACUCGAAGUUAUUACCAGUCACUACUGGGAAAAAAACGAAAACUGGUAGCUGGAAAAGAGCAGUAUUCUCCUUGAUCAAUAAUGAUCAUCUCUGCUGAUACAAUAUAAGCUAUAAAGUAUAGCUUAUAUUUACUGGAAUAGUUUUGGAAAUCUCCAUGAUUGUUCUAAACUGUUUUUAAAUCUCUAUGUAAAAGAUAAUUAUAAUUAUUAAUGGCUUUGUAAGUUAUAGGUGCAGUUUAGAAAGAUUUGUUUGCACAAAGCUAAAAAUGGAUGUAUAUAUUUUAAAAUAAAGCAUAGAUGAAAAAUCUA